AUUUUUCAACCGUUGAAGUCAAGAAGCUGAGCGUCUUUCGAACUAGGACUCUGAGUGAGCCCGAAGUAUUCCUGCACAUAGCACGAUUUUGUUCAACUAUUCUAAAAAAUGAGGGAAAUUGUUCAUCUGCAGGCUGGCCAAUGUGGAAACCAAAUUGGAGCCAAGUUCUGGGAGGUGAUCAGCGACGAGCAUGGAAUCGAUCCCACCGGUACCUAUCACGGCGACAGUGACCUCCAGCUGGAGAGGAUUAAUGUCUACUAUAACGAAGCUACGGGUGGCAAAUAUGUCCCCCGUGCUGUCCUGGUGGAUCUGGAGCCUGGCACGAUGGACUCUGUGAGGUCCGGACCAUUUGGGCAGAUCUUCAGGCCAGACAACUUUGUCUUUGGCCAGAGUGGUGCUGGAAACAACUGGGCAAAGGGCCACUACACUGAGGGGGCAGAGCUAGUCGAUUCAGUCCUGGAUGUGGUGAGGAAGGAGGCUGAGAGCUGUGACUGCCUGCAGGGCUUCCAGCUCACCCACUCCCUGGGUGGGGGUACAGGUUCCGGCAUGGGCACCCUGCUGAUCAGCAAGAUCAGAGAAGAGUACCCCGACCGUAUCAUGAAUACGUUCAGCGUGGUGCCCUCUCCAAAAGUGUCAGACACUGUGGUUGAGCCCUACAAUGCUACCCUGUCUGUGCACCAGCUGGUAGAAAACACAGAUGAGACCUACUGUAUUGACAAUGAAGCUCUGUACGAUAUCUGCUUCCGUACACUCAAGCUCACUACGCCCACCUAUGGCGACCUCAACCACUUGGUCUCUGCCACAAUGAGCGGGGUCACCACCUGCCUGCGUUUCCCUGGCCAGCUCAAUGCAGAUCUGCGCAAGCUUGCCGUCAACAUGGUUCCAUUCCCUCGUCUCCAUUUCUUCAUGCCUGGGUUUGCACCCCUCACCAGCAGGGGGAGCCAACAGUACAGAGCCCUGACAGUUCCAGAGCUCACCCAGCAGAUGUUUGAUGCCAAAAACAUGAUGGCUGCCUGUGACCCGCGUCAUGGCCGCUAUCUCACAGUGGCUGCUGUUUUCCGUGGACGUAUGUCCAUGAAGGAAGUGGAUGAGCAGAUGCUGAAUGUGCAGAACAAAAACAGCAGCUACUUUGUGGAAUGGAUCCCCAACAACGUCAAGACCGCUGUGUGCGACAUCCCACCUCGUGGCCUCAAGAUGGCCGCCACCUUCAUUGGAAACAGCACUGCCAUCCAGGAGCUGUUCAAGCGCAUCUCUGAGCAAUUUACCGCCAUGUUCAGGCGCAAGGCCUUCCUUCACUGGUACACUGGAGAGGGCAUGGAUGAGAUGGAGUUCACAGAGGCAGAGAGCAACAUGAAUGACCUGGUGUCUGAGUACCAGCAGUACCAGGAUGCCACUGCAGAAGAGGAAGGAGAGUUUGAGGAGGAGGGAGAAGAGGAGCUGGCUUAAACUGCACUGCUUAAUGUCACAUGCAUUUUUAAAAGUUUUCUAGUUUGUCUCUGCCGUUUUGUUUCUUGGUGUUCCUCGAGUUUCCUUUUUCUGUCAGUGCUUGUUUCCCUGUUUUACUGGCAUAUAUAUGUUAUAAAAGUUCUCUCAACUUUUUAUUGAUGCAGACUUCAAAUAAAAAGUAGCUUUCAUGGUAA